AUGUUUUCAUAUAACAUAAUAGUUUAACAUGUGUUUAUUGGUUUAAAAAUUAUUCGUAUGGAUAUAUAAAUUGACAUCAAAAGUUAAAAGUGUUCAUUAAAAACUUGAAAACAAUAUGUUGGAAGUUGACGAAAAUCAAAUUUUUGCAAUAGGUCGUGUAUUAAACGACCAAAACCGGCCAUUAAAGGAAAGAUUUCGUGCCUUGUUUACUUUAAAAAAUAUCGGCGGGUCUAAAGCCAUUGAACAAAUUCAUAUUUGUUUUAAAGAUGAAUCAGCCUUGUUAAAACAUGAACUUGCAUACUGUCUUGGUCAAAUGCAAGAUUCCCGUGCUAUACCAUUUCUUAUAGAAAUAUUGAAAGACACUACACAAGAACCAAUGGUUCGUCAUGAAGCAGGUGAAGCUUUAGGUGCAAUUGGAGAUCUUAGCAUAAUGCCACUAUUAGAAGAGUACAGCAAAGAUUCUGUACCAGAAGUUGCAGAAACAUGUCAGUUGGCAUUAUGUCGAUUACAAUGGUUAAAGUCAAACAAUAAUUUAAGAAACUUACAAAAAAGCCCUUACAAGUCAGUGGACCCAGCACCACCAGCAGAUAUUACUGAUGUUGAGAAAUUAAAAGAAAUUCUUUUAGAUGAAAAUAUUCCCUUAUUUGAAAGAUACCAAGCUAUGUUCUCAUUAAGAAAUAUACAUACUCCAGAAAGUAUUCUUGCUCUUGGUGAAGGCUUAAAGGUAGGCAGUGUUUUGUUUAAACACGAGAUAGCUUUUGUCCUUGGACAGUUACAAGAAGAAAUUGCUGUCCCACAUUUGGAAGCUUCUUUAAAGGAUUCAAAGGAAAAUGAAAUGGUGCGACAUGAAUGUGCAGAAGCAUUAGGCUCGAUUGCGACUCCAGAUUGUUUUGAUAUUUUAAAUAAAUACAUCAACGAUAAUAAAAGAGUUGUACGGGAAAGUUGUGUAAUUGCGUUGGAUAUGUGCGAGUAUGAAAACAGCUCGGAAUUUCAGUAUGCUGAUACAUUAUCGAAAGUUGCGGCCUAAAAUUUUAUUUC